ACCAUCAGUCUCAGGGAAAGGCUUCGGAAUUAGACAAGAGCUGCCUCUCAGCCUAGCUACAAAGAGCUCUAGACCUGCCCUGCUCAAUGGAGAAACAGAGCUUGCCUCCCUUCUGAAAUCCAGGAGCUGGGCUGGUCUCCCCUCCAGCCCCGGGAGGGAGGCCUACUUGCUCCCAGAAGUGAGGGGGGGCCCCAGAGGAUGCCUGGCUGGAGCUGGGCAUGGCCAAAGGCAGCGCCAUAAGGAAUGCCAGGUACUGGGGGGAAGCUCUUCAGAGAAGUUGUUUGCUUUCCCUGCGAUGUGCUAGGGCCCCUCCACAGGGAUUGUCAAUUUCAGCCUGGGGCCCUCUGGUCAAUUACACUAUGGCCCUUAGAGCCUAGAGCCUCUUCCCUCCUCCCCUCCCUCCCCCACCUGCUUCCUCCCUCCCCCCUUCCCCAACCCCCAUUUCUUCUUUUUUUUUUCUUUUCUUUCUUUUAUUUUUUUCUCCCUUGUCCUCUCUGGGGAACUUUGUGUGGGUUCCUGGCACAUAUGCCCGAUCAUGAUGGUUGUGAGUGACAGCUGUACCCAUGGCAUGAAGGCUGUGGUGGAUUAAAGACCAGGGAGCCAGCAAGAAGAGACCUGAGGGAGGAAGGAAGGAAGGAAAGGAAGAAAGAGAGGGGGAGCUGCUUUUGGAUGACAAAGGAUGGGUUUCCAUUUAAUUAAGCAGCUGAGAGGCAUGAGCGUGGUACUAGUGCUGUUGCCCACAGUCCUGCUUGUGAUGCUCACGGGUGCUCAGAGACCUUGCCCCAGGAACUGCAGAUGCGAUGGGAAAAUUGUGUACUGUGAGUCUCACGCCUUCGCAGACAUCCCCAGGAACAUUUCUGGUGGGUCCCAGGGCUUAUCGCUGCGGUUCAACAGCAUCCAGAAACUGAAAGCCAAUCAGUUUGCGGGUCUGAAUCAGCUCGUGUGGCUCUAUCUGGACCAUAACUACAUCAGCUCUGUGGACGAGGAUGCCUUUCAGGGGAUCCGCAGGCUGAAGGAAUUGAUUCUGAGCUCCAAUAAAAUCACCCACCUGCACAACAAGACAUUCCACCCGGUUCCUAACCUCCGGAACCUGGACCUCUCCUACAACAAACUACAAACAUUGCAGUCAGAGCAAUUCAAGGGCCUCCGGAAGCUGAUCAUCUUGCACCUGAGGUCCAACUCUCUGAAGACAGUGCCCAUCCGGGUUUUCCAAGACUGCCGGAACCUGGACUUUCUGGACCUGGGCUACAACCGCCUCCGGAGCCUUUCCCGGAAUGCUUUUGCUGGCCUCUUGAAGUUGAAGGAGCUCCAUCUGGAGCACAACCAGUUUUCUAAGAUCAACUUUGCCCACUUUCCCCGACUCUUCAACCUUCGUUCUAUCUAUUUGCAGUGGAAUCGGAUCCGUUCGAUCAACCAAGGCUUGACGUGGACUUGGAGCUCCCUUCACAACUUGGAUUUAUCAGGGAAUGAUAUCCAAGGGAUCGAGCCAGGCACUUUUAAAUGCCUGCCCAACUUGCAGAAGUUGAAUCUGGAUUCCAACAAGCUCACCAACAUCUCUCAGGAGACUGUCAAUGCCUGGAUCUCUUUAAUAUCCAUUACCUUGUCAGGGAACAUGUGGGAAUGUAGUCGGAGCAUUUGCCCCCUUUUUUCUUGGCUUAAAAAUUUCAAAGGGAAUAAAGAGAGCACCAUGAUAUGUGCGGGCCCUAAGCAAAUCCAGGGGGAGAAGGUCAGCGAUGCCGUGGAAACAUACAAUAUAUGUGCUGAAAUCCAGGUGGUUGUGACAGAGAAGUCUCAUCAGGCCCCACAAACUCCCCAGAAGCCUCUGAUUGUUCUCAAACCCACUGUCUCCAAACUGGAAACCACCCAACCGACUCCAAUCACACCGAGCCCUUCCCCGGGUUUUCCGAUGCCUGGCACAGAGCCAGAGUAUGAGCACGUGUCGUUCCACAAGAUCAUUGCUGGCAGUGUGGCCCUCUUUCUCUCUGUGGCUAUGAUCCUCUUGGUUAUCUACGUGUCUUGGAAGCGUUAUCCGGCCAGCAUGAAGCAGCUCCAGCAGCAUUCUCUCAUGAAGAGACGCCGGAAAAAGGCCAGAGAGUCUGAAAGACAAAUGAACUCCCCAUUACAGGAGUAUUACGUGGACUACAAGCCAACAAACUCUGAGACCAUGGAUGUAUCAGUUAAUGGAUCAGGGCCUUGCACAUACACCAUCUCUGGCUCCAGGGAAUGUGAGGUAUGAACCAUGAUCCUCCUAAAAGCAUUUCAGCUGCUGGGAAGGAGAGGUAAAUGUUUGAAGCUCUUGAGGUGUCUCUAAUCACUAGAAAGAUUAAUGAGCCUUUUGCUUUGGGGUUUUGCUCAGUGUGAAAGGUUAUUUAAUUAAAUUACAACCACCAGGAAAGUGACUGGUUAUUUUUAAAGGAGUUGAGACUUGAAGGAAGUACAUUCGAGGCUGAGAUUAAGUUGGAAAUAAACCUCCGUGUUACAGCAUCUACUUCUUAAAGUUUGUACAUAGGGGUUGGACUUUUAAGAACUGUUUUUGUUUCUUUUUUCUUUCUCUUUUUUGAGUAUGGAUUUGAUGUCUGGUUCUUGGUUUUCUGGUUUGUUUAUUUUAUUUUUUUUAGCAAUAUGAAUGAAGGAGCGUCCAUGUUAAUAAAAAAAAAAUACCAAAAUUGCUGGAUUUGAAGAGGAUAUAAACCAAAGAGAAAUUGACCAAGGGUUGAUUUUGCUGUAAAUGUUUCAGUUUCUAACUCAAGCAGGUAAUAGCCAUGUCUAACACACAGGGAUACCUGCCACUUUUUACUUUUCAUCUCAAACUUUAUGCCAACCUAGGGAAUGUCAGGAGUCUGCUCUGCUAUAAUGCAAGGAGGUUUUAUUAUUGUUAUUAUUUCAAUGUGGGAUUUUCCCUGUCAUCAGAAGGGCCUGUGAAACUUUUUUUUCUGGUUUGUUUUUAAAGGCAUAUGAUGUUUGAUUAUUGGCUAGUUGUCCGGAAUCAGAGGAUUUGUGUUAACUAUAACUACAUGUCAAGGGAUAGCUUCUACUGGGCUGUGAUAUUAUAGGUGGUUUAGCCAUACACAAUUCAAGGCAUGAGGUGAACUGUCUGUCAUUGCUGGUGUUAUCCCAGAAGGAAAUGAUGUGUAUUGUUAAUCUCUUUGACUAAAACUGACCACAAAUACCGUUACAGUGAAAGGCAGGGGAUUGAGUUUUUGACUAUUUUCUCUUUCUAUACAUUUAGCUUCACCUAAUGUCUCAAAGCAAUAUUUUAAGGGAUUGCCUUUUAGAAUUUGUGUUUAAAGUUUGGGGGAAGAAAUGUCAUGGGUGAUGAACACGUAGUUUGAAUCCUAAAUUUAGGCCUUAUAAAUUGUGGGUACAUAAUAAAGACCAGGAAAAACCUAAAGCUCCCUUAGUCCCUGCCCCUAGCUCAUAAUUAGGGAUAAAUUCCUAAUAUUCUAAGGCAAAGUUAACCUUAAAACAUGAAUCAUUAGGGUGACGCUAUCAUCCCACUACUCUGGUACAAGGAGGGGCUCAGGAUUGGCCGGGGGGCUAUCUGAUAUUCUAUUUACAGUUACUUGCCUUUGGAAAAAAGAUUUUCCAAAACAGUUUAGAGCCCUGUAACUCACAACACCCCCCCGCCAUCCUGCCCACUGCUUCCAUAUCAGUCAAACAAUAUAGUAAAUUUCAUCUAGCCUUAAACUGUCUCUUCUCCAACCACACCACAGUACUCAAGAUGGCUAGUAGCUAAAACACUUUGGGACAAACCACUGAAGCUCAAAUAACCUACAGAUUAGGACCGUGAGGACUAUUGAAAAGCAUUGCAAAUGGUGAACUUUUCAAAUUUUCUUUUUACAUCUGAUGCAGCUUGAGGAUAAAUAGGUAACAAGACACCCGGGUUAUAAAUUGCUGUGUGAAUACUGGGUGGUAGUAGAGGGUUUUGUAGGAAGAUCUACAAGACUUGAUGGAUUUUGAACCCUCAUUAGUAUUUUAGAAUGCUAACAUUGAUGAAGAACCUCUUCCCUAUUGGUGCCUUAUAUUUUAUACCCAUUUAAAUAUUGAGCAAGAUGGAAUGGAAAGAAAGACCAUCCUCUUCACUAAGUUAAUUGGUAUCCUUACUUUACCUAAGGACUGAUGCUUUUUUCUUUCCUUUGGAGAAGUACUAAAUAGGAAGGAAAUUCACAAAGGCAUUUGAAAGCUGAUAGGGACAUUAUAGAGAUCACCAAGUCCAAUCCCACCCAUCAUUUUACAAUUGAGGCAACCACAUCGUGGGGAGAGAAAUUGUUUUAGCCAAAGCAAAACAUCUGAUUAGCAACACACCCAAGACUAGAUAACAUUUCACAAGAUAUCCUUUCCAGUAUUAUCUUUCCUAUUGUUUUCAUGCUAUUUCUUUCUCCUUCCAAUGUCAAAAUGUUUGAAGAAAUAUUUAUCAAGGAAAUACACAUGUAGGUUUGCUUUUAAUAGGAGGGGUCUCAAAGAAAUCUAUAUGAGAUGAUAAAUCAUUUUUCCUCUCAAAAAUACAUCCAUAGGGCAGUAUAUAUGAGAGGAAAUAUUAGAUAUUGACAUGAGGAAAACCUGCUUAGCUAGAGAGACCAGUUAUGUAUCAGUAUUUUUUUAAUGUCUAUAUCAUUUUUUUUUGCUAGAAUAAUUCCUGAAAGAGAAAAACCAAAACAAAACCAAUCAUGUCCAUUAGCUAAAGUUAGGCAGUCAAGUUUUCUCAUGUUCCUCAUGUUCCAUACACACACUGGGAUUUUCUCAGUUGUUAAGUUCUGUCAGAAACUCAAAGAGUUAUUAAUGCCUUUGAUUGUGCAGGACAAGUAAUAGUAUCCAGAAUCUACCACAAAGACACCAUAGGCCAAGAUAAUAUUAUCUUUGAUGCCAUAGUUAAAAUUAUUCACUUUUAAAAAUGAUUAUAAACCAUAUAGUACUUACAAGUCAAAUUGGAGAAGGAAAAAUUAUAGACAUAUACAUAUAUACCAUACACACAUCUGUGUAUGUAUUUACCUAUAUGAAUAUAUAUGCAUGUAUAUAUACAUAUACAUGCAUACAUAUAUACAUACACAUAUAUUUCUACUUCUCCAAUUCAAUUUGUAAGUGUCAUAAGGUACUUGUAUAUGUAUAUAUGUAUUUAUACAUACAUGCAUAUGUAUGUAUAUAUGCAUAAUAUUUGGCAACCAUGAAUUCUAUUAAGUAGAAAGCAGACAUGAAAUAAAUCAUUAUUAAUAAUGAAUAUUCUGAUGGAAGGAAUGAAAGCACCUUAAAAAUAAUAAACUCACAAGUCACAAUGUUUGCAGUCAUUGCUGUUCCACUGGGAUUAGCCUAGCAGGGUCCCUCACUGCUUAUUCACUGAGUGUGACUAGAGAGAGAAGACGUAGUGGUUAAACAACUCUUCCCUAACUUUACAGUGUUGAUUGAAAGAAAAAAAAAUCAAAUCUUUAAAUUUUCUUGCUUUUUCUCAUGACAUUUUAUUGAUCUUUCUCUAAAUGGAACCACUUCUCUCACCUCCUGAAGGACUUUUCUUCCAUCCUUAAAUACUUUAAUUAAUUUAUUUAUUUCUCAAUGAAGGGGUCAUACAGAAUAAACCAGUGGCUGCUUUUGUCUCUGAGUGUUUCAUUUUUAAUUUUAUCAUUGAAGCUUAAUGACUAAAAGAAUAAUGACCUUAACCAAGAAACUGGGGAAAGGAGACAUGGUGGAGUACAGUGGAAAGAAAAAUUCGUCAUCAGUCAGAGAAUCGGAGUUCAAAUUCUACUGCAUUUGUGGUGUGUUACCCAUAUGAGCUUGAGCAAAACUGCUAAGCUUCUCAGGGCCUCAGUUUUUGCAUCUGAAAAAUAAAGAGGGUUGGACUAGAUGACUCCUAAGGACCCUUCUAGCUCUAAGUCUGUGUUCCUGUGAUUUUAACCUUUGAUUUUAAAUUAAAAAAAUACCACUUUAAAUUUUAGGAAAAGAGAAUACUAAUCCUUGAAAUAAGCACCUUAUUGUAAUCUCUUAAGGGUUAAGCUGCGAUGGUUUUAAAAGUUAGGAGUGAUUCUAUUUUUUUGUUUUUUGUUUUGUUUUUAUAGGGAUGUAUUAGCUGUAGCUUGGGUUCAUUUGCAUUUCCUUGGGAUUUUAAUUGUUAGCUUUUCUCUAUUUUUAUUGGUUCCAUGAAGAUUUCAGACAUCAUGUGACUAUGCAAUCCUUCUCCCUUUUCUAUUCUCUGACUAGGUGCAAACUGUCCACUUUCCUACUUCCCUUGACUAUUUUAUAGGCACUUUAGACACUGACUUUUUCCAAGUUUUCUGAACGGCAGUACUCCAGUGGCCUGGAAAGGUAAUAUACUUAUGCAAACAUAUGAUAGCGGUAGGCUCAGACCCAUCACUCUUCCAGAUCCUUCAUCUCAUAAACAGUUAUCCCCACACACAAAUGUAGAAAUUGUAAUAAAGAAAGAAAAUAUUGUGACAGUCCUUAUAUAUUGUAUGAUAUGGAUGGUUUGCAAUAUUCUUAAAAUUACUUCACCACAUUGUAUUUCUUAAGCCAUCAAUUUCAUUUUGAUUAGCAAAAAUAAGUGGAAAAAAGAAAGACAUGUAUAACAAGUCAAAUAAAACUGGAUGCCUUUCUUAGGCCUAAGCCCGUU